AUGGAAAUACAGCAUCUUUCGUUGUAUGAGAAUGACGACGGGUCACUCGAUCUUUUCCUCAAAUAUAACGGAGAUAUUUUUACUUUAGACUUGCCUCGUCCGUAUGAUUUUGAAGUUCCAAAGAGAAAAGUCUUUGCAUUUACAUUCUUGUGGGAAGCCAUAAGUCCUUCGUACAAAAGUAGUUUGGUUGAUCACAUUAGAAAGUCUGAAUCAGAUAACUUAAAUUUAAAAAUUAAAGAUAAAACACAUUCCAAAGACCUGUCAAUUGAAGGUUCUGAUAAUGAAUCAUCUAUAACAUGGGAUAUACCUUAUGAAACUUUUUUAGCCGAUGAUACAUCACGGCCUAUUCCUAUUUACCAGAAAUUAUUGCCUGAAGAAGCACAGAUGAUUCUUAGAGAUCUCGGCUUUAAUGAUGACGGUGUGGUGAAAUGGAACGAACAUAUCGACGUUCCCUUUGGUGUUUCAUCAGAGCUUUUUGUAGCCCGCGAAGCGGUUAUUUCCGGUUUGCACUUCCCACACAUACAUCAUUACCCAGAAAUUGAACAAUACGCUUUCUCAAAAGGAAAAAUUCCUCCCUUUGUGACAAAUGAAGUUCAAUCUAUUCCACCCGGAAAAAUCGUAAAUGCACAAUGUCAUAGUACAUUUCCCGAGAGCAUCUUUAUAUACAAAUGGCAAAUUCUCGGAAAAAAUAAGAAUCGCGAAAAGAUACUCGAGCAAAUAAAUGAAUUGCUUUAUAAUAAGUACCUACUUUAUCGUGGAGUUCGUACGUGGGUAGAAGUUCAUCGCGCCAUCAUAAAUGGUUUUCCAACAAAUUCGGUAAAUAACGAAUUUGGGUUCGGUGUAUAUACAACUCCGGAUUUUGAUUAUGCUGUCGAAUAUGCUGGAAGGAAUGGUGCGGUUAUGGUGUUUGAUUGGACCGAGACAGACGGUGCCAUCACGAUUAAGGACUUGGAUAAUCAGGAGUGGGCAGCAACUGUCAAAGGGCAUGUUUGUACUGACAAGCCCGGACCACCCAAGCACACAGAAGACAUGCUGCAAGGACCAGUUUCAGCCAAUCACGAUCGCAUUCUCACAUGUAGCAACCCGAUCCCUUCACAUAUAAGACAAGUUGUAGGAAAAACGGAAGCGG